AACUAACUAAUCCAUACCGAGGCUUGCUUGUUUGUACUUUCGGUUUAUGCCACUGCCAAACAAGUCGAGUGUUUCGUUGUUCAUGGUACUACUUGUAGGUGGUGCUUGUCUAUGUGUGCCUGUGUUUCUGUCUGUAACGAGAAGAGUUCUUAGCACCAUGACUACUGCAAGCAGCAAUUAUGUUAAGGGGCAACACUCUAUUGCUUAUGUCACAGCGCCAAGUGAAGAUGUUGCCAAAACUCUGGCCAGAGGAAUGGUGACUUCCAAACUGGCAGCCUGUGUCAAUAUUGUUCCCAGAGUCAUUUCCGUCUUUGAAUGGGAAAACAAGAUAGAUGAAGAAGAUGAAGUCUUGAUGAUGAUCAAAACCAGGACUUCUUUAGUGGAUGAACUGUCAGAGUAUGUGAAGAAGAACCAUCCGUAUGAUGUAGCAGAGGUCAUUUCAACCCCUAUUGAAAAUGGAAAUCCACCAUACCUAGAUUGGAUUGGCCAGGUGGUGCCAGAAAAAUAAGAAGCAGAAUUGAUUUCAAUGCUCCACUUUGGCCUCGGGAGCUGCAUAACAAUAACACAGCACAACUGGACAUGGAUAGACAUAUAUAUUGCAAACACAUAGUUAAAACUGUGUGGCAGUAACUCCUAAUUGGACUUGGCUUGAAGAAACAAUCAGUUAAAAGUUUUCAUUUAUCAUAGAUCUACAUACAUGUAUUUAUUUGCUUUACCCGUUGACUGCUUCUCUGUUCACUCUGACAAAAUUUAAAGGGCAAAUCAUAAUCCAAAUUGUGAUAGAAACAUAGAGAAAAUAAUAAAUGCAGUGAGGAAGAAAAACAGAGGAGUGUCCUUUGAACCACUUGCAAAAGUCAUAAAUUUUCUAGUACACCCAAAAGACAAGAUAGAGGACAGCAAGGAAUGUAAAAUAGUGGAGAAGAUCAGCUGUGGGAGCUGUGACAGAGUAUGGUAAUAACAACAUCUCAAUGGGGGAAAAUUGUGAAUUUUACCGAUACUGUAUUUUUAUGUCAUAAUUUCUUAAUAUUAGAACAUUCCUAUAUUGAGUAGAAACAACAGGGUGUCUUAUAAUUCUUUUCUAUGCAUGCAGUAUAAGUACCACAAAAAUGCUUUAUAGAAAUGUAAUUUUGUGAUUAUAAAAUUUUGUAACAGAAAGUUUGAUCAUUUUUGUCCUUUGAAAAGAUUGAGUCAUCACUGUGUAUUUUGGAGAGACAGGUCCAAGAAAACACUUACUGUUCUCAAUCUGUCCUACAACAUGAUGUUUUUCUCUUUUAAUGAAAAAUGUUCUUAAUCUGUUCUGGGAAAUUCUGAAGGACUUCCCAAAAGCAGUUCUCGAACUGUUACAUUGAUUACAGUACAAUAUUAGAACUGUACAAAAAUGACACCAAAUGUUCUAGAAUAGAUUGAGAAACGUAAGUUAACGUUAAAUGACACAGAUUUUGGCAGGGGAAGUGAGUGGGGCUGGUGCUUCCUGGGCAUCAAUAGCUGAGAAGACAAAUACUGCUUGUCACACUGUCACCUUAGUAUUAUUAAUGUCACCUGGAUCUCUUUCCAAAGAUUUGGUUCUUGUGAUUUAAUGUCAACACUUCUACAUCUUGUUAAAUAUUUUGCUUAAUUGUUCAAAGCCUAAUGUAUUUUAAAUCCACUUAGAAAACUGAAGGGAUUUGUACUUUCAAAUGAUUUUUUUCAUAAAAAAUUUCUACAUGCAUUAUGUGACUUUUUAAAGACUUUACUAACAUUACUAAAGCUUGGCUUUUAUAUAUACAUGUUUGACAGCUUUACUGCUUUGUUUCCUGUAUGGUGCCUGUUUUUGGCCAGCUUUGCUGUUUAGUCUAGUUUAAUUAUUUUAUUUAUUGAUUUUAUGUGAGUACUGUCUAAACAAAAUGUGUUUUUUUAAGUUUUAUCUGCAGUUUUGCAUAAUGUGCUGUUAUUGAAACAUUGAAAAGUAAUCCAUUAAAGGCCCAUUCCUCAGGAUUUUCCUGCCCAAA